GGGCGGGCGCAGCCGGGGCUGAGACUGCAGGGCCGCUCCCCUCACCCGCCCCCUUCGAGUCCUCCUCGGGCUUCGCCCCACCCGGCCCGUAGGGGAGUAUCUGUCCUGCCGCCUCCGCCCACGCCCUGCACUCCGGGACGGUUCCUACGCGGUCUGGGCGCACCAUGGCCCGCGGGGCUGCGCUGGCGCUGCUGCUCUUCGGCCUGCUGGGUGCUCUGGUCGCCGCCCCGGAUAAUGGUUUCGAUUUAUCUGAUGCCCUUCCUGGCAAUGAAGACAAGAAACCCACUGCAAUCCCCAAGAAACCGAGUGCUGGGGAUGACUUUGACUUAGGAGAUGCUGUUGUUGAUGGAGGAAAUGACGACCCACCACCACCGAACCCACCCAAACCGAAGCCAAAUCCAAACCCCAACCACCCUAGUUCGUCUGAUAGCUUUUCAGAUGCUGACCUUGCGGAUGGUGUUUCAGGUGGAGAAGGAAAAGGAGGCAGUGAUGGUGGAGGAAGCCACAGGAAAGAAGGGGAAGAGGCCGACGCCCCAGGUGUGAUCCCCGGGAUUGUGGGGGCUGUCGUCGUCGCCGUGGCUGGAGCCAUCUCUAGCUUCAUUGCUUACCAGAAAAAGAAGCUGUGCUUCAAAGAAAAUGAUGGCUGAAGACCUAGGGGUGAGCAGAGAACCCAGCCCAGGCCUGCGGAGCGUCCUGACCGUAAUCGUUUUAUCUGCUAAGACGCAGCCUUAAAGCAAACCCUUCCAUCUACCGCUCCCCUCGCCCUGCUGGCAAAUUCCCACCAUGAUGGGAUUCUCAAUCACAUGGCAGAUUCUCUGCCUUCAGUUCCAUAUGCUUUUGCCUUUCUUGAUGCACAGAAGCUCAUUAUAGCAAAUCAUAUUUCUGCAUAAGAGCUUCAGAAAAUGAAGAGAAAUGCAGAUAUUUUCUUUUAAAUGGAAAUCUAACAGAAACGGGGCAGUGACUUCCAUGUUUUAAUGAGUUUUGUCCCUAAGUCCAUCCCUGCCAAGGGAACAAAUGGGCCCGGGGUGGCCACCCUCUUCCCUGCAGUGUCCUAGGCUAAGCUCACUCACGUCCUAAGGAUUUGACCUUCCAGGUCAUGCAUGGAUUUUUAAAUCUUCAACCUUUUCAGCCCUUGGCUUGCAUUUCUCACUGCACUUCCUAUGAAGCGGUUCUUAACUCUUUCUGUGAUCAGUGUUCCAAACAGGUGCACAUCUUAGUUCCUAGAAAAACAAAAUUCAUAUGUUGAGGAAUCACCUAAACAUCUCCUGAUCUUCACACUCUAAGGCCUGUUGGGAAUUGGUGGGUGGUCAGGUGCCUAUUCACACAUUUGAGCACAGAGCCUCUGCGGGUGCCUUCCUUGGAUUCUCUCAUGUCCCUGAAACACACAAAUUGUACCUGGAUUUUCCUUCCGUUUCCAAAGUCCACCAACUUGUUCUUCAGUGUAAUUGAUUUUAACUUU